AUGUCUUCUUCAUAUUUCGACUUCGUGAAGGUCCUCUCGCGCCCACGCAGCACGCUGCAGCAGCAGCAGCAGCAGCAGCAGCAGCAGCAGCAGCAGCAGCAGCAGCAGCAGCAGCAGCAGCAGAAGCAGCAGCAGCAGCAGCAGCAGCAGCAGCAGCAGCAGCAGCAGCAGCAGCAGCAGCAGCAGCAGCAGCAGGAGUUAUGA